CUCCUCGAAGAAUAGUGAAACUGGUUCUCUCAAGUACAUGGACUAGCUAGCACACAUCGUGUUAGUGAAUUACGUGAAUCCGUGUGUCUAAUUCGUUUAUUACUUUCUUUUUCUUGCUUUGUCAAUCCUCCGAUUUCCCGAUCAGUAGAAAACAGUCGUAUAGGAAUUUGUUAAGGAAUGUUUACUAGUAUGGAUUACCUGAGAUACGUACAAGGAUAAUCGGUGGAUUGAUCUGCAUUAUAUAUGUUCGAUCUCUCUCUCUAUAUAUAUAAAAUGCCUCUUCAUUAACGACGACACAUGCAUGUUCGUAAAAAGCUUGGGUUAGCACUUAGCAACUUAGAGUACUAAAUUGAAAACUUAUACACUUUCAUACAGCGAAAUGAUAUUUACUGUAGUUGUCCCCUUAACAAAGUUUAGUAGAGUGACUAAUUAAUAUAUAUAUAUCUCUUUAUGAAAAGAAAGAUUAUUAGUAGCUAGGGUGGUUAUUAAUUAACAUGGUAAAGGAAAAGAAAGGUGGCGGGGACAAAGAAGCGGGGCGGGGCGGUGUGGAUGUUUUUGUCCAACAAGAUCUAGUGGCGCCUUCUUCCGUGGGCUCCUCCACAGAUCUCCUCCUCACUCACAUCACAUUUCCUCCCCUUUCUUUCACAUCUCUCAUCUCUCUUGUCUAUAUAACUCCCAACUUAACCUCUCAUUUCCCUCUCAUCAGCCAUCUGAUUUUGCAGACACACAAAUCUCAUACCGACUCCAUCCUUUUUUCCCCCACGUAAUAAACCAGCUAGCUAGCUAGCUCUGUUUUCCUUGAUCACUAUCAUUCAUCUCCCUUCACAUUUGCUUGUGCUUAACGUUGUAUCUUUUUUCUGGUGGACAGAUAGAAAUGAGGGAGGGCGGCGCGGCAGCUGCAGGGAGGAAGAACGGGGUAUUGUCGCCGUGCGCGGCGUGCAAGCUGCUGCGGCGGAGGUGCGCUCAGGACUGCGUGUUUGCGCCCUACUUCCCCGCCGACGAGCCCCACAAGUUCGCAAACGUGCACAAGGUCUUCGGCGCCAGCAACGUCAACAAGAUGCUACAGGAGUUGGGGGAGCAGCAGCGGAGCGACGCGGUGAGCUCGAUGGUGUACGAGGCCAACGCCCGGAUCCGAGACCCUGUCUACGGCUGCGUCGGAGCCAUCUCCUCGCUGCAGCAACAAGUGGACUCCCUCCGAGCCCAGCUCGCAGUCGCCCAGGCCGAGCUAGUCCAGCUCAGGAUGCGCGAGCCCAACAGCAGCACCCACCUCGCCUCCAGCAAUCAUCAGGCUAACGUGGGGGAGUCGCUCUGGUCUUGCUAGCUCAUUACUUCCUUAAUUAAUUAAUUAAGCCACUAAUUAGUCAUAUAUCUCUCUCUCUCUCUGUGUUUUUAAUUAAGUGAGACGUACGUACCCUCUGAUUUUGUUUUGGCUUGCUUCUUAUUUAUCCAUGGUGACGGUUAAUGAUUAACCAUAUAUAUAUGUAUAUAUAUAUACUUGUAUGAUUUUAUUUGCAACUAUGUAUUGUAGAUAAAUAUAUUUUCUUGGGAUUGGUGGCUCGGUGUAGCCUUACUCUCGACUUUCGUAUUAGCAUCGGCAACAUGAAUAUGAUAUCGGAUGUUGGUUUUGUGGUGAACAAGAAUACAACUAGGGUCGAUUCGUAACGCAUGUGGCUCCAUUUCGUUCCAGCUCUCAUCUUCAAGAUUGUAUAAUUUUUCAGUAGGUUAUCUCGAUCCACUUUGACAUUCGCGAUUGUAUGUUUGAGUCUGGACGAUAACUUGUUUUUCUGAUAAAUCACAAUCACAAAAUUUCCCCUCGUCUUUCUGACUUUUGUGUUCUCAUUUUGGUGUCUGUUAAGUGGCAGCAACAAUAACAGUGAGACUGUGGAAGUGUCCCUCCACUCCACUAUCCACUCUCAACUCUCAAGUCUCCAUACGUCUUCAUUUCUCUGCAGCCUUGAGAUAAAUGGUCAACUUAAUUCGAUGGGCCCAACCGGCCCAAUUUUCUUGGCACACAUUCGUUGGUGGGCCACGAAAGAUAAGCCUAGCCAUGGUCACCACCACGCAUAUCGCCCUCAUGAAAGCCUGAUAAGAACUUUUUUUCAAUUUGGACGUCGUUGUCGAUUUAGAUGUGUUCAAUGUUGUUCAUGAAUGCAUGGCUUCAAAUCGAUUCCCCCUCCGUCCACUAGCUUUUCAUUUGCUUGGCCAGCGACCUAAACGUUAUUAGCUCUUUCUGACCAUGAAAGGCCACUACUCGAGCUUUGUUGCAUGCUAAACCAACAAGUGACCAUGAAACUCACAUGAUCUACGAACCCUUUUCAUUGAAAGUCUUGUUAUUGUGUAUAAUUUGAGUAUUUGAUCCAAUGUUAUUUCAAACCGCUCCUCACUUUAAAUUUUGGUUUCAUUGUGGAGUGAAGUAAUUCAUAAUUGGAAGAGAUUUUUAUUAGGGGUAGAUGGUACGUAUUAAUGUGGGAAAUGAUAAAAGGGUACAAAUAUGAUGAAGCUAUAUAGAGCUAUCAGCUAUCCAGCGGCGAAUAUAGGGGAUCGCCUCGGGUCACGGUCCAACCCUCUCCAGGAUUCAGAGUUAGAUAACACUUGUAAAUUUUUUUUAUUUUAGGUAUUUGUUUUAGUGCUCGUCGAGUUACGGCCCAACCCUUCUAAUCUCUUUCCCGGUGCUCUACCCUAUUCUAGAUCCGCCUUUGAAGCUAUCUCAAAGUGCUUUCUUAGGAUGGUAAGAAUGCUUGCUCGUGACACCCCAUUUGCACGAAGGGAUAACUUACAUAUAUGGAUGCCAUCUACCUAGACUUUUGCCCUAAAUUGUCAAUAAUGGAUUUGGCUGAGCCAUCGUUUAAUUAUCACCGACUUUUUUCUCCCCCAAUUUCUACAUGUAAAAUAGCUUUUACAUUUCGAUAAUUCAAUCAAGUAUAUAAUAUAAAGUGGGGUUUCUUCAAUAGUGCACCCGUUUGUCUAAAAUUUUACUUAUAAAGUCUACGACGUAAUAAUUCUUCAUAAUUUAAGGAAUAUAGAUUUCUAUGAAUUGUCCAUAAACUACAAGGGUAUCUAUUGUUUUUAUCGCCGGUCACUUUCUCUUAUAAAUUCCAGCUAAAAUGGGUAGUAAAGCCUGCAGCUAUCAGUCUGAUGGAAAAUAAAGCAAUUUGGUUUUGCUGGCUAAGAAUAAGAUGCUUUUGUCUGG